CACAUCGCUAAUACGUAGACCCUGAGAUGCCACAUCCACCACGAUCUGCCAACAACUGUGACAAAAUGCAGACAAAACUGAGCGCCUGGACUCCUCUGAACCAUCCUGUGGCCAACGGCAAGGUAUUUGAAGAACGACGGACUCUUCUGGCAAAGUGGUUUGACAGGUGGUCUGACAGCCAGAGGAGAGCAGUGCUGCAGGACUUUGUACUGAGCUGUUCACCAGGGCAGCUGAAGUUCCUGAGUGUCAUUGUGAGCAGACGGCUCCCCCUGCAGGCAGCAGACUUCACUUGCCUGCUGCCCAGAGCCCUCUGCCUCUACAUCUUCUCCUUCCUGGACCCUCGCAGCCUCUGUAGAUGUGCACAGGUGAGCUGGCACUGGAAGAACAUUGUGGAGCUGGACCAGCUGUGGAUGCCCAAGUGUCUGAGGUUCAGCUGGUGCAUCAGUUUCUCCCCCUCACCGCUUGAGCAGGGCGUCUGGAAGAGACACUAUAUUCAGACUGUGCAGGAGCUGAGACUGACCCGACUGCAGAGUGCCACGUCCAUGCAGUUUGUGAUCCCAAAAGUAACAAGGAUGAGCAGCAGACAUGAGGAUGAGUCAGAACCAGCCUUACUCACAGAGAAUCAUCCAGUGUCUGAGAGAAAAGCCAAGCAGCAGAGUGCUCUACCUCCAUGGAGAGAUUCUGACAGACGUCCUAAAGACACACUGCGUUUUAACUACCUGGACAACCUGAGCCCCAUCAAACAAGCCCUGAAAACCCACAUGAAAAGCCCAGCUCUCACCUGCUGCCACAACACGUCGCAGCCAGACGUCGAGAUCAAGAAAUCCCCGUCUGAGGCCACUUACAAACUCCGCAAAGCCAAAUCUCUGAUGUUCAUCAGUUCCAACUACAGACCCCAACAUCCUCCUCUGCCUCCUCAUCAUCAUCAGCCUCAACAGGCGUCUUCUGGUAACAGUCAUCGUGUCACUAAGGAGACCACCAGGAGCCUGCUGUGCCUGGCCCAGUGGAAUGCUGGGGUCCGUCCAGGGCCUGUGAGGUCAGCAGUUCCCCAGCUGAGCGUGGAGGCUCUCAGAGUGUGGAAACGCUCACAGCGCAGCUCUCCCAGUUCACCACUGUUUGAAGUUUAAUCAUGGACUGUGGCUGCUUCACACACACAAUAAUGAAGAGCGGAGUACAUCGCCCUCGUCAGGAAGACAUGAGAACUACACUUCGAGGACACAACUCAUGGUUCCAGCCUGUGCUUCACAACUGAGGUUUCUUUUUAGGAUUUUGUGUAAAGCAAAAAGAAUACAUUUUUAUAUUAAUUCUCUGAAAAUAGUAUAUUCUUGAAAUAAAAUGCACUUAAAGGGGGAAAAAAAUUCCCAGAAGCAAAUGUGUUAUUCAAACAGUAGUAUGUACUACACAUAGUUUUUAUUAUUUAUAUUAUGAUUGAAUUGUGUGUUCCAUAAAGCAAACAAAUGAGCUUCUAUAGGCAGAAAAAUAACCUCCACAGGAAAACGUUACAUUUUGGAUUAAAUUGUGAUAAGGUAAAAAAAAAAAAAAAUCUGGUGACACUAGACUGUAUAAAAACAAUUAUAAU